AUGCCUUCCAUGUCCAAGUUCGCGCGGCAGUCCGUGCUCGGUCUGUCAAUGCUGGCAGCCUUGGUGCAAGCUACUCCAAGCUUCGACUACGGAGCCAACAAGGUCCGUGGUGUCAACCUUGGUGGUUGGCUUGUGCUGGAGCCAUGGAUCACCCCUUCAAUCUUCGACGCUGCUGGUGACGCUGCCGUCGAUGAGUGGUCGCUUUGUGCCACUUUGGGUCAAGAUCAAUGCCGCAGUGUGCUGACAGGUCACUGGGACAGUUGGGUCACUGCCGACGACUUCAGCCAGAUUGCUGCCGCUGGAAUGAACCAUGUUCGCAUUCCGGUUGGAUACUGGGCCAUAGAGCACCUCGACGGCGAUCAAUACGUCGACGGCCAACUAGAAUACCUAGACCGAGCCAUCGGCUGGGCUCGCGAUUCUGGCUUGAAGGUCAUUCUUGACUUGCACGGCGCACCCGGCUCUCAGAACGGCUUUGACAACAGCGGCAAGCGUGGUGCAAUUGGUUGGCAGCAAGGUAACACCGUCGAGGACACCAAGUCUGCCCUGAAGGCCCUCGCUGCCCGCUAUGGAGGAGAUGGAGAUGUUGUGACCGCCAUCGAGGCUUUGAACGAGCCUAGUAUCCCAGGAGGCGUGAACCAAGACGGCCUCAAGCAAUACUACUAUGACGCCUGGGGCGUCGUCCGCGAGGCCAGUCAGGACACCACCCUCGUCAUGCACGACGGAUUCAUGCCCACCGAAUCAUGGAACGGAUUCAUGGGCGCGAGCUCCGGUGUCUUCUAUGUGAUGAUGGACACCCAUCACUACGAGGUCUUCGAUAGCGGCGUGCUCGCCUCAGAUGUGAACUCUCACAUCAGCAACGUCUGCGGUUUCUCCAGCCAACACAUCCAAACCGGUGAUAAGUGGACCAUUGUUGGUGAAUGGACUGGUGCCAUGACCGACUGCGCCAAGUACCUCAACGGAAAGGGCACCGGUGCCCGCUACGACGGUUCUUUCCCCGGUAGCUCACUGAUCGGCAGCUGUGAUGGCAAGUCCGUUGGAUCUGUGGACGCCCUGCCCGAAGAUGACCGCACUAACCUGCGUCGCUUCAUCGAGGCUCAACUCGAUGCUUAUGAGAAGGGUACCGGCUGGGUCUACUGGACCUGGAAGACUGAGGGCGCUCCCGAGUGGGACAUGAAGCAACAGAUUGCCGGCGGUGUCUUCCCCAACCCGGUCACUGAUCGUCAAUACCCCGGCCAAUGCUAA